AUUGCGGCAAGGGUUUCACGUUGAGGAUAAAACUCUCGAAACAUCGGAAGUUGGAAUGUGUAAACAUGUGAGGUAACAGCGAUAUGGUCUUACAAGAGGAUGGAUGGAUACGACGUCGGUGAUGUACAACAUCAACAACGAGGAAGUGUUGUCUAUGAAACGCGCGAGAGGACUUAUAUGUGCGCGGAUUGUGGCAAGAGUUACGCGGUGAAGAGAUCCCUCUGGAGGCAUCGGAAGUUCGAAUGCGUGAAUGCGAAACCGAAAUUCAGUUGUGACAUAUGCUCAUACAAGAGUCCUCACAAAUGGUGCAUCGACAAACACAGAAAGAAGCAUCACGGCAUUUUCUACAAUCGCUUCCCUAAUUAAAGCUCCUAGCACUAUCGAACCGAUUUUGAACGUUGUUCUUGUGAUGAAAUGAUUUCUUCUUUUAAUGAUAUUUUGUUUUAUUAAUCCUCCAAUUAUCUGAAUGCCGCUAUAGUUUUUCAAUUUUUAUGAACAAUUGAUUGUACCGAUAAAAGAAUUUGAUUGAUAGAAGAAUUUAUAACCUGCAUAUAAAUAUGUUCUUCAGAUAUAGUAAUUAGUAGACUAUUUGAGAAUAAUAUACAGGGUGAACCAUUUUAAUUUAUCCAGUCAAUUUUCUCAAAAUCUGUAAG